AAUGGACCGAGCAGCCUGUCUGAUUCACUCCAAAACAGCUCGGCACGGCACGGCACGGACAUCAUCCCGGGAAUAGAGGCAUAACAGGGAUAGAGGCUUGACGGGGGGACAGCGAGGACAGAGAGCCUGCAGAGAGGAAGGAGAGAGGCCUCAUCAUCAGCAGCAUCAUACUUUUGUUUCUCUCCAGAAGACAGGACGGGGGAGUGCGCCCACCGUGUUGCGGGUGUAUGUGCGUGCGUUUGUCUCCCGGUUUGGAUCACGAUGAUGCAAAGUGCGGCGGUCCUACCGACAGAGAGUCCUGUAAAGAGUUUACCGGAGAUUCUCGGAGUGCCACUGCAACAGAUCCCUCAGUGUGCCGGCUGUAGUCAGCACAUCCUGGACAAGUUCAUCCUGAAGGUGCUGGACAGACACUGGCACUCCAAGUGCCUCAAGUGCGCCGACUGUCAGACUCCGCUGGCGGACAAAUGUUUCUCCCGGGCAGGAAGCGUCUACUGCAAAGAGGAUUUUUUCAAGCGUUUUGGAACAAAAUGUGCAUCAUGCCAACAGGGGAUCCCUCCGACGCAGGUUGUGCGGAAGGCGCAGGACUUUGUGUAUCACCUGCACUGCUUCGCCUGUAUCAUGUGCAGCCGGCAACUGGCCACCGGGGACGAGUUUUACCUCAUGGAGGAUGGGAGGCUGGUGUGCAAGGUGGAUUAUGAGACUGCAAAACAAAACGAUGAUUCAGAGGCGGGGACCAAGCGACCGAGGACCACCAUCACGGCCAAGCAGCUAGAGACCCUCAAAAGUGCCUACAAAAACUCGCCGAAGCCGGCACGCCACGUCAGAGAGCAGCUGUCCUCGGAGACGGGGCUGGACAUGAGAGUAGUGCAGGUGUGGUUCCAGAACCGACGAGCAAAGGAAAAGCGCCUGAAGAAAGAUGCAGGUCGACAUCGCUGGACUCAGUUUUACAAAAGUGUUAAACGCAGCAGAGGAGGAACUAAAGUAGAGAAGGAAAGCUCGGCCGACGACGCAGGACUCAGUGACAGUGAACUCAGCUUCAGAGACGACCAGGUCCUGUCAGAUCUCGGCCACACCAACGGGCUUUACGGGAGUGUCGGUGAUGUGACCAACAGUGCAGUUCUGAACGGCGGCUUCUCUGUCGACGCAGCAGGACAACCCUACCACGACAUCCGAGCAGGAAGCCCCUACGGUCUCCCUCAGUCGCCCUCCUCCAUCGCCUCUCUGCCCGGCCACACCCCUCUCCUCAACAAUCUGGGCUUCAGCAUGGACAGUCUGGUGGCGCAGGGCGGGCCGGGCGGCGUGGGACAGGCUCUGAGGGCCAUGGCAGGGGGCCCCACCUCAGACCUCUCCACAGGCAGCAGUACGGGAUACCCCGACUUCCCCACCAGCCCUGCGUCAUGGCUGGACGAGAUGGACCAUUCCCAGUUUUGAAUCUAGAACACGACAGAAGAUCGCUGUGGGGAUAAAACAGACUCACAAGGCUUUUUACAUUUCUUUCUUUCACCCUCUAAGACUGGUACGUUUUGUGACUUUGGGUGAAGAGGAGAAGGAAGAGAAGAAAUGUGUGACUCCCUCAGCAGUCGUGACGGUGAGAAAACAACCGGGUCCAGAUGUGUAGUCCGGACAAAAGCAGUGAAGAACACCUCCACACCGCUGAAUGUUCAAAAUCAACCCUGUAUCAUACAAUUUUUGGUAUCAUCUGACUUUAUUUUGUUCUUUCACUUUGAGAAUGAGACUCUGUGGAUUAAUGCUCACAGGGGAGGUGAUACUGUCGCCCCCAAAAUAAACCAUCCCUGUCUAACAGCUACAACAAUAGGGCUACAAUCUAGGUCAAAGUCCCUAUGAGACCCAGGAGGCACCUGCAUGCUUCUGAUUCAUGAUGAGUAGGACUGCUGUCUGGCCAUAUCAAAGCCUUUUACAUUGGCGAUGCACUUUACUCUCCUCUUCUUUUUCUACACACAUGGACAGGAAUGCAGAGAGAGGACGAGAGAGAAAAAGAGGAGAGACAUAUGCACAAGGCAAAAACACAGUGUUUCAUUGGGAGAGAAAUUUACAAGAACAGUGGCACAAGUGUGAAUUUUGAACCAUGCUGAUGUUUUUUAAAUGUAUUGCUGAAGCUUACAAGUUAUUAGGAAGUAGAUGGCCGUUGGUCUGUCUGUCCGUCUGUCCGUAGAAACCGAUGUCUCCUCUGUUUGAAUGAGGGCGAACUCUGUUUGCUACACAGCAGGUCUCUCUUCUAUAUUUAUAGGUGCUUGACUUGUUCUUGUCUGUGUAAAAGCUGCCUGAGAACGGACGUCCGUCAGUAUUAAAUGAUCUGUUUCUAGACUCGCCAGGCAUCAAAGCUCAAGUGUUGGAGAACAGUCAAGAAGUUUAGGGUUCUGGAAAAAUUUGACUCAAGUUAAUAUAUCACACGUCUAAAUUAUUAUUAAUUUAUUUUUUUGAAUGCACAGAUGUAAGACGAGCGGAUGUCCAUUAAUAAGACAUGCAGAUUCCUUUGCAGAUGUUAUAAAUUAGAUGGUUAUGCAACAUUAAUUUGACAUUCGAAACACCAACAAGUAUUAGCAGGAGUAAAAAGUCCCUUUGUGUUGGCUCCCCCUGUUUCCUCAGUCUGCUCCAGGCUUCUCUUGGUAAUCUACUCAGUCCAACAGAGCUCUAGCUUUGCCUGCUAUCAACCUACUUACUGACCCCAGAUGUGUUGUCAAUCUGUUCUCCCUCUGCCUGGCCUCCAUGUCAGAGGGAUUACCACAGAGCCCCCCACUAUCACCCUACUGUUGCUUCAGUGCUGGCAUGACUGCUGGGCUGAUAUGUUUCUUACAGUUCAGGCCACAUCAGCUCCAUCUUAAACCCCCCUCACACACACACACACAACAACUGACACAGGAGACUGAUUCACAAAAAAGUCUCAUGAAAUACAAACUUUCUCUGAGCUGUAACGGCAAAAAAUAGUUUGACUGACCUGUUGAGCAUGUCAGAACCAGUAGCUAUUCUAUUAAAAACAUCCUCAUUCUUAUUUCUGAAGAAAAGAAAUCUUAUAUAUGUGGUCACCUUUUCAUGAAGAAUUGCCAAGUCCUUUUUUUUUAACCAGAGCAUCCUAUAGAGUGGCGCAGGAAUGAAGCCUAAAACCCGGAAAUGACUUAGCAUUUUUGCACUCCUGCUUUCUUCUCUUCUGUCUCGAAGCCAGUGGUUUUUCAAAUGGGUUUUUGGUUAGUUGCCUAAAAUAAGGUCUGUGGUUACAACAAGCUUAAGAGACUUUCACGUUUUGUUCUACGACAUAAAAUGCAUCAGUAAAUAUCCCACUCUUGAAUUCUGAAGCCUUUAGGUGUCCUAAAAAAAGGUGGCUGAAUGAGACUAGAAAACGUCAUCAUGCGAAAUGUGGUUUUAGAGCCUCGUUGUGGUGGUGACCUUAAGUCAUGUGUCUACAAUAGCUUUUGACUUCUGGCGAUCGCAUUUAUGCUUCAAAACUCAUAAAAGUGGUGUUGAUUUGUUAAGAUUAUCUUGCUGAACAAAACGUGUAAGUCUUAAACUUUUGUUUGCCAUAGAGGUUAUUUUUUGCAAUGAUCCUGAAUCCAUUGGAAAAAUACCAUAGGCAUUUUGAUGACGGAAUUAGGGCGACACUAACUUUCGUGUCGGCCUACUAAAAAAACAAAACAUCAUCCCUGCAGCACUCUAUUUAAGAGCCAGAAAAACCAACAAACAGAAAGUAACACCAUUAAGAAAAUCGGGGUAACACUUUGGACUACAGCCUGCAGACUGCAGCAUAAUGAUCGAGGAAAUACAUGAUAUCAAUGAAAUACUUAUUGUAUAGCUAUACUGGGAUUAAAACAACGGUACAGGGCAAGAUGACAAUAGGUUUGGGGAUUAAAGGGGUUUGGAAAAAAAGAAGGUAACAGUGUUGAUAGUUCAGUGACAUUAUGUUGCGGUAUAUUAAUUUAUUUUAAAAGUUAUUGCUGUUUCUUGGGAACCAAACAACAGUUUUUCAUGACCAAGCUAAGUCCUUUCUAUACUCCACCCUAACUGCAAAUUAUUCCCAGUAUUCUCCCCUUCUACAUACCAGUAGAUACCCAGUAAGUGUUUCACUGGUAGCCUACUUCAUAUCUAUAAACUGUGAGAUUUGCGGGCUGUAAUCUGAAGUGUUCAGUCAAUCAUCCACAAACACAUUAUACCACUACAGUUUUGUUACGUCUGUGUUGCCUCAGAAGUUUGCAUCUUAAUUGUUGUAAAUUUUGUACAGUUUGAAAACGUGUUGAUCGUCUUGUUUCAUGAGCGCUAUUUAUUAUUAUUGCCAUGUGUCUUUGAAAAAGAUGUAAAAGAGAGCACUGAAUUUAUUCAUUUAUGCCUUCUGUGUAAUGGUAUGAACCGUGUACAGUCAAAUCUAUAUGAGGAAAAUAAAGCUGAAUUGUCUUUGGGUUA